UUAUACAAUUAUAAAUAUGAGGCCCAACGACCAAAAUUAUAUGACAGAUGCAUCUGGGAGGAUGUCAUCAGCAACUCAAUAUGCAACUCAAAACUCUGAAAGGAUGGGAGGAACUGCUUCUUACCCCAGACAAGAAAGGAUGAGCUAUAUGCCGACUGAUUAUAGCAGAAUGAACACAGGAGGAAGUAUGGCAUACCCUAGCAGCACAGGGUUCAAUCAGGCAUCAUAUGAUACUGAGUUUAAAUCAUCAACUAACUUCCAGGCUCCAACACCACAACAAUAUACAGCAAUGGACAUGAGAAAUAAUUUUGAGACUUCUGCACCUGCUUCUUUUGUCCCAAAAUCAAAAUAUUUGAGUACUCUGACUUCUCAAAAUACAAGCAAGCCAACAAAUAUGAGCACGAACUUCCAGAAUAUGUCUGUACCUCAACCACAGUCUUAUGAAAAUAAACCAGAGCCAAUGAAAUACAGCUCUCCAGCAGAUUUUACUCAGAUGCCAAGCAACUCGGCUUUAAUGCAGAGCUAUAACUUAAUGAAAAUGAGCAGCCAGGUUACGAAGAAUCAGGCAGCUGCUCAGUAUGCAAAGCAGCAGAGAUUCAAUAAUUAUUUCCCUCAGAAUGCACAGCAGCCAACACCUCAGCCCCAACCAGAUAUGAAUAUGGGCAUGUAUGGAUUACAGAGAAUGAACACUACAGGAGGAAUGAACUUAGACCAAAAAGAUGACAAUAACUUUUUGAGCAAUAUUUCUCCUGCAGAUAUGGGAAUACCUCUAGAUGCAGUAGGAAUGCAGGGAUCUCCACCAAGGCCAAAUCCUGCGGAGAAUAGGUUUGGAUCGCCCAAUAGAAUGGGAUCACCAAAUCAGUGACAAAAUGAUUUUCCUCCUUUUGAUGAGGUAUUUAAGUCAAAGAAACCAGCUGAAACUUCUGGAAAUAAUCAGGUUUCUAGUGAAAUUCCAUUUGACGAAAAACCUGUUGGAGGAGGAAAUUCUCAGCCUCCAAUGAUGCAGCAGAAUAACUCCUCGGAACCUUCUCAUAAUAAGAAGGGUGACACUUUUGCAGUAGAUUUUAAUUAUGUAGAGCAGAAUGAGCCCCAGAAUGAUGAAAUUCCAGAUGUUUCUACCAACAACCAAACAAAAGCAGCACAAGAUCUUCCUCCAUUAGACCCAAACGUAGUCAAUGUAGAUGAAAUACAGAUUAAGCCAAAGCAGCAGUUGACAUUUGAAGAGCUACUGGAAAAAGAACUUAACGACAAAGAGAAAGAUGCUAAUCCAGCACCUCCAGAUGAUGACAGAGUAAUCAGAAAGCCCAAGAAAGAAUUUCUAAAAAGGACCUCUAAAAAGACUACUUUGCCAAAGGAAAAACAGGGUGGCAAGAAGUAUAAAUACUAUGCUGAUAAUUUUGACAAGAAGAAUAACUCAAAUGGCAACUCUGGUAGCGAGGUUGAGAAAUCUGAAUGAUCUAAAUCAGCCAAACAAGGAAAAUGAAUGCAAGAUAAUGAGUCUAAACAGCAUGAAUCUGUUCAAGAGAACGAAACAAAAACUUUCCUUUCUAAGGGAGCAGGCCUAGGGGGCGGAAAGGGCAAAACAAAUGAUGAUUUGAAUGAUAAUAAUGCACAGAAGUCAGAGAAUCCUGAGGAUGAUGACAAGAAUCCCACUCCUGAUAAUUCUGGGAAAAAUAGGAGAGGAAGAAAAGCAAGAGGUCCAAAUACCAAUUCUAUCGAUGCUCACAAUGAUAAAGAUCCUAAGAACGAUAGUCUUGAAGAGUUUGAAGUCCUUGAAGGAAAUAUCAAUAAUGAUGAUAAUGUGGAGGAUUACGAAGAGAUUAAGAAAAAUUACCAUGCUUCUGGAAGGAAAUUUAAACACAAAAAAUCCGAAGCACCUUCAGAUGUUUCAAAGAGAGGAGGCCACACUAACUCCUCAGUCAAUGAAAGUGGAGCUGAGCGGCAAAGACUAGCAAAAGAAAAGAAGGAAUUCAAGAAGCAGAAGGAGAAAUUUGAAGCCGAAAAAUUAUCCAUAGAGAAGCAAAAAUAGAGACCUUGAUAAGCAAAAGAUUGAAUUUGAGAAAACUAAAGAAACCGAGACUAAGAAAAUCAACGUUGAACGACAAAAACUUGAGAAGGAAAAGAAGGCAUUCCACAGACAAAAUGAUAAGAAGAAGGAAGACUCAGAACUCACUGAGAAUCUGUAUAGAGAAAUAGAUGCUCUUCAUGAUGAGCUCCGUAAGAAGGACAAUAAGAACAUCAAGUUAGAAGACGAAGUUAAAGAUUUACAUCAUUUAGCAAAGGAAUAUGAGGAAAAGAUAUUUUACCUUGAAGAACAACUUAAAGAGCUACGUAGUGGAAUGAAAACAGAGAUGAGGACAGAGGGAAGAAACCAAGCACAGAAAGAGAAGCCCGUACAAAAAAUCGAGUCUAAAAUCCCCAGAGCGACCAAGCCUUGUGAGGACAAGAGUAAAAAUGAGAAACGGAAUAUUAGAAAUACGGCUCAAGAAGAAGUCUCUAUUGGGCUCGAUGAUGAAUUCAAGGAUUUUGAUACAGAAGAAGAUGCUGAAAAUAAUCAAAACAAUCCUGAAAAUGACCAACAGAAUAGUGAUGGUGAAGGAGAAGCUCCUGAAAUGGAUUAUGAUGAUCCUGACAACUACUCCUUGGUCUUCCUAGAGAAAUAUCAUGGAGAGGAGAAUGAAAAAGCUGAAAUCGUACAGGAAUCUGAAGGAACAAAGGGUAAAAUUUUCAGACUUUACAGUCAUGAGAAAAGAGAGAUUCUGUUUACUAAUGGUGUAAAGAAGGAAAUAUUUCCUGACGGAUAUUCAAUUGUCUACUUUGCUAAUGACGAUAUCAAGCAGUCCUAUCCUGAUGGUAGAACGGUCUACUAUUUUGCUGAUGCAGGAACAGCACAGACGACUCUUCCUGAUGGGUUAAAGAUUUAUAAGUUCAACAAUGACCAAAUAGAGAAGCACUACACUGAUGGGACCAAGGAAAUAAUCUUCCCUGAUGGUACAGUAAAGUAUAUCUUUGGAGUCAGUGAUGAAGAAAGUAUCUUUACUGACGGAACCAUUCAAAGAUUGACUCCUGACGGCCUCAAGGUGGUCGAGUAUCCUUCUGGACAGAAGGAUAUUGUAUAUCCUGAUGGAACAAAGGAGAGACAAUAUCCUUCUGGAAAAGUCAAGAAAAUGAACCCUGACGGGGUCAUUAAGUCUUUUAAAGCAGAUGAUAAUUAGUAAAGAUUUUUCAGCAAA